CCCUACAUAUAUUCACAACGGUCGAAUUUCAUUGGAGACAGAGAGAGAGAUGAGGAAGAGAAAGGGUGCAAGAUCUGAGAUAGAAGAAGAAGAAGGAGAAGCUGUGCAAGUUCAAGAGCACCAUAACAAUGGCAAAAACGAAAACGAAGGUUGUGAAGGAAAUGGGUUCUUCGCUUGCUACCUCUUGGCCUCUCUAAACCCUCGUUUCAAAGGCCACACCUACAUCGGAUUCACAGUGAAUCCGCGGCGGCGGAUCAGGCAACAUAAUGGAGAGAUUGGGUGUGGAGCUUGGAGAACCAAAAAGAGGCGGCCUUGGGAGAUGGUUUUGUGUAUCUACGGAUUCCCAACUAAUGUCUCUGCUCUUCAGUUUGAAUGGGCUUGGCAACACCCUGUUGAAUCAUUGGCUGUAAGGAAGGCAGCUGUUAAUUUUAAAUCCCUCUCAGGAAUAGCCAAUAAGAUUAAACUUGCAUACACUAUGCUCACCCUUCCAUCCUGGGAGAAUAUGAAUAUGACAGUGCACUUCUUUUCGACGAAGUACAUGAAACAUUGCGGUGGUUGCCCAAACUUGCCAGAGCACAUGAAGGUCGAGACUGGUUCAAUGGACGAACUUCCCUGUUAUACUGAACGAAUUGAUGGUUUGUCUGAGAAUGAAGAUGAUGUGGAAUUUGAGAAUAAUGCUAGUACUAGUGGUUCUGUUCCAGUUGCAAGUGAUGAUUCUUUAACUCUUGAUUCACCGAAGAGUCCAAAUCACUGGGACAGGAUUAGUGAAGCGUUUGGGGGGAGCAAAGAAUCUGAAGCAAGAGAACCACCAGGUCAUCCAUCCACUACAGAAAACCCGAGUCUAUCAUUUGGUUUAAUCACAACCACGCCGGUGAAAUCAUCGCCAGUAGCUUCAUCAAAAAGAGUAGGGACUAUUACAGAAAACCCGAGCCAGUCAUUUGGUUUCAUCACAACCACACCGGUGAAAUCAUCGCCGGUAACUUCAUCAAAAAGAGUAGAGAUUAUUGAAGAUGCAGAUCUUUUGAACGUGAUGAAUAAGAGUGAUGGUGAAUUGAGUCAACCAGAAUCUGUAAAAUCAGAUGCUGUUGAUGUCAAUAGCACAUUCAUUGUGCCCCAUGAAGCUGAGAUAGUUGAUUUGUCCACCCCUUCUCCUAGCUGGAGAAACAUUAUAGAUAGGAAGAAGAGGAGAGUUUCCUCUUCUGUUGGUUCUAAUUUUAUUGACUUAACUAAGUCCCCAAAUUUUGUCCAAUUGUAAGGUUUUGUCCAAUGUCGUGAGAAAACAUUAGUUGUUGAAUAAUCUGGCCUGUCAUACCCUCCUGUUGCCAUCCUCUGAUGUCAUAGAUCAUACAUGCCAGCCACCACUGUAUGUGUGAAUUGUGACUGAAAUCUGAACAAAUAAGUGUCGUCUUGUUUCUUUCCACAAUGUUUAAUUUUGCAAUAUUGAAUUAAUAUUUGCAAUUUAACCAA